CUCCUCUUUACGUCCUGUCCAAUGGCAAGCUGCCCAUGUGGGCCAAGAGACUGCUGGGCGAAGCAGACCAUUCAGAGAGCACCGCCUUCCACUCCCGGGUCAGCUACCAGCCGCAGGGCCGUUGGGCUGAGCGAGCCGACAAGGAGCCCAUCAAAGCCAUCCUGGAGGCCGACUUGAGCUACUUCACCCCGAUUCAGAACCGCAGCACAGCCGAGGCCGACCAGGAGCAGCCGAGUCUGGACCGGCUGGUUUUGGAGACAGAGGAUUCUCCCGGCGACAUAACCGAAGGCUUCAAGCCACCGACUCUGUCUUCGGACGAGGACACCGCUCAGGAGCUGGAGGACAGUGGGACCCCCCUCUACGUGUCCCAAGCAGGCGGCAGCUCCUCCUUCGGGGAGAGGUCAGUCCCCCAGCCUCUCUUUCAGGAAGAAGCCCUGAGCCCCAGAGACAAGGCGCCUGAGGUAAUCCGCUCUGGGGCUCCCUUGGAUGCUGAUCUACCUGUCUCUGGGGACCAGCACGAAGAGCCUGAUGCCGAGGUGGCCCACCUGGAGGAGAACUUCUCUCAGAACGGGUCGCUGCCCCAGACACCGGAGCCAGAGAGAUACCUCAAGAACCACUUUGAAACGCUGGCUGGUGACCCCCUUGAAGAGACGUUUGACGGUUGCAUCAGAGACCAGCAGUCAUUUGGAGAGAGUGAGGAUGGAGGGAGCCCGCUUCUGAAUCCCCGCCUGAGCAUCUCCGCCAGGUUUCUCUCACGCGCUCAGAAGAACUGCAGAUUUGCAGCGGCGUUUUUCCCAAGAGUCUGCCCGCUGGUGCAGGCAGCCACUGCUGAACACCCCUCAGAGGAGUGCGUACCACUCAGCGAUUUCACGAAAUUCAAG